UUCAAUAACCAAACAGCACUGUCACUUCCCCUUUCUUAAUUCAUUUCCUCUCCCAAAAUCCAUUUCCAAAAUCCAAUCACUAUGAUGAAAUCCAUCAUCCGCCAACUCUCUUUCAUUCCCAAACCCCACCAAAACCCUAACCAUCAUCAAUCCUCCUUAUUUUCAUCCUUGACAAAAAGAACAAACCAAACACCCCCUUUAACCAACCAAACCCAAUUCAACCAAAAACUCUCCCAACUUGUUCCAAGAUUCACACCCACAGAUCUUUACAACUUAAUCAACAAACAACAUGACCCAUUACUCUGUUUACACCUUUUCAACUGGGCAUCCAAACAAAAUAGAUACACCCAUAAUGUAUCUACAUAUCAUAUCAUUAUCAAAAAACUCGGUGCUGCUAAAAUGUAUGACCAAAUGGACCUUAUUGUCAACGAGGUUUUGUCGUUUUCUUGUUUCGGUAAUGAACACCUUUACAAUACUGUUGUUUAUUUUUAUACUGAAUUUAGGAAGUUAAGUAAGGCUGUUUGUGUUUAUAAACAUAUGAGAAAUGUAGGAAAGUUGAAUUCGGAAUGUAGGCCGAGUAUUCGGACUUAUAAUUUGUUGUUUACGGCGUUUUUGAGCAGGAGAAGUAAUAGUUAUAUAAAUCAUGUGUAUAUGGAUACAAUGAGUAUGUUGUUUAAACAAAUGGUGAAUGAUGGUAUUGAGCCGGAUAUAUUUGCGUUGAAUUGUAUGAUUAAAGGGUAUGUGAUAUCGCUUCAUGUUAACGAUGCGUUGAGGUUGUAUCAUCAAAUGGGGGUGGUUUAUGAUGUUAGGCCUAAUUCGUUUACGUUUGAUUAUUUGAUUCACGGAUUAUGUGCCCAAGGAAGGACGUGCAAUGCUGGAAAGAUUUGUGGGGAGAUGAAGCUGAAAGGGUUUGUUCCUAGUAGUAAGUCGUAUAAUUCGUUAGUUAGUGCGUUUGCACUUGAGGGUGAGGUUGAUAAGGCGGUGGGUUAUUUGUGGGAAAUGGUUGAAAGUGAGAGGGUAGGUGAUUAUAUUACGUAUUGGACUUUGAUUGAUGAGUGUUGUGGGUGUAAGAGGAUUGGAGAUGCUAUGAGUUUGCUUGAGGAGUUGCAAGAGAAAAGAGUGGUGGAUCGACAUACUUAUAUGAAGCUUCGACAUGAAGUUGAGGUCAAGUAUGGAAAUUUGUGUCGCCGAAAUAGCCCAAAGAGUCAGUCGCAGUAAAAUGGAUAUAUAACUUAUGUGGAAGUGGUGAGCAAAGAUGCUUUGAGGCGUCUCCCUUCAGAAGAAACGCUCCUGAUCUAAAGAUGAAGUUGACAGCUUCUCAUAUGAUGCAAGAAUGAAGAUGUAGUCUAUAGAGCACCCUGGCCCUGGUAGUUGUUAGGUUUGUUGGAACGGACAUACAUCAAUGAUCAAGAUCUUGUUAAGUGAUGACAAACAUAUGGCUGGAAUUAAAAGCUAAAAGGGAGUGACCAGACCCAAGUAACUCAUCUGCUGUAUUAAGAAAUCACUAUGCGGAAACCAACGGAUUGGAUACUUCUGUACACGUCUGAUACGGAACAAUACAAGACAAUGGGACAGAUGGUAGUCUGCACCCAAAAGCUAUGAUUCACAUGUUCCAUUGUCCAUGGGGAGUUUGGGACCUCGUAGCAUACAACGGAAAUGGCUCCCACUAGAUAGUUGCCCCUUUCUCUGCCAACUCAAUACCUCUAUUUUUGUGCUUUUUUUCUCCUAUGAUAUUUGUAGCUUAUGCGCUACCUUGUAUAUAUUGUUUGAUAACUUUCUGGAAAUUCAAGGUGCUGUAUAUGUGUAAGCUUAGACCCUUGAUGGUAAAUAAAACUUCAUUUAGGAA